AUGACGGAGGCAGGUCGUACACCCCUCGUAAAGCCAUGUGGAGCUCGGGCACGCCCCAGCUGUGGGAAAGGCUCAACUGGAGCUUGUGCCUUAGACACCACAGAGGCCAAGGUUUCAUCAGGCAGGCUCAGGGGAAAAUUUGCAGUGGUGAAGAAGUGUAUCCAGAAAGACACUGAAAGAGAGUUUGCAGCAAAAUUCAUGAGGAAAAGAAGAAAGGGCCAAGACUGUCGGAUGGAAAUAAUCCACGAAAUUGCCGUCCUUGAGCUGGCACAGUGUAACCUUUGGGUUGUUAACUUGCAUGAAGUUUAUGAAACUGCAACAGAGAUGAUUUUAGUUCUGGAAUAUGCUGCUGGAGGUGAAAUCUUUGACCAGUGUGUGGCUGAAAGGGAGGAAGCCUUCAAAGAGAAAGAUGUUAAACGACUUAUGAAGCAGAUCUUAGAAGGUGUUUCAUUCUUGCACAGAAACAACGUGGUUCAUCUUGACUUAAAGCCCCAAAAUAUUCUACUAACCAGUAAGUCCCCUCUGGGAGACAUUAAGAUAGUAGAUUUUGGCCUGUCCAGGAUAAUGAAGAGCAGUGAAGAACUGAGAGAAAUUAUGGGAACUCCAGAAUAUGUAGCUCCUGAAAUUCUGAGUUAUGACCCAAUCAGUACAGCAACCGACAUGUGGAGCAUUGGAGUACUGGCAUAUGUUAUGCUAACAGGGAUAUCGCCUUUCUUAGGGGAUGAUAAACAAGAAACAUUCUUAAAUAUAUCUCAAAUGAACGUAAGUUACUCUGGAGAAGACUUUGACCUCAUAUCAGAGUCUGCUGUGGAUUUCAUCAAAACUCUGCUGGUUAAGAAACCUGAGGACCGGGCAACGGCUGAAGAAUGUCUUCAACAUCCAUGGUUAGAACAAAGCAAUAAUCCUGCUUGCAGGGCCUGGAAUAAGAGUACAGGAGGAGAGACCAGUGAUGUCACCCAGAAAGAUGCAGAUUCUGCCUCCGAAAAAUCAGUAGAUGCUGAGAAGACUGAAGAGGAAGAAUCAAUAGUGACAGAAGAACUAAUUGUAGUGGCUUCAUAUACACUGGGACAAUGUAGGCAGUCAGAAAAAGAAAAAGUAACUGAGCAGAAAGCCAUUUCCAAACGAUUUAAAUUUGAGGAACCGUUACUGCAAGAAAUACCAGGAGAAUUCAUUUACUGAACUGUGUGGAGCUUCUUAGCUGUAACUGGAAGGCAGUGUUUUCUACUAAACAAAAAUAUCCUAGCCAAGUGAAUUUCUGAUAUGCAAUAUAUGUUCUAGAUUUAAAAAAAAGUUGGUAAGUGGCAUCUGAGGAAAAAUGUGCCAAACUUUUAAUUUCAUGGAACAGAUAAGCAAGAUUUCAAGUGGCUGACAGGAAUUUAACAAAGAUAAAGAGCUUAUUUUUGUUUGUAAUUUUUAUUUCUGGCGAUUUUUUGUUACUUGAUAGCAGAGUUUUUGUUAAUUGUUCCAGUGUUCUGGAGAAGUUGACAUUGGAAGUGUUUCAGUGACUGAUGUCAAGAGGAUUAUUUUAGGAUAUGUUUUGGCAUUUAAUGCAAAUAUAUAAUGCUGGGUUUUCCUCAAACACCUUUUAGCACCCUCGACUUCAGUGGAACUAUCUACUGAUCUAAGAGGAGAAUUUGAUCAGCUGGUUUGACAUAGAGAUUUCAAAGUUAUACUGUGUGUAAAUAUUUCUCUGUUUACAUCAAGUCAGAGACUCACAUUCAUCUGGUGUGUAGCCACCCAGUGAGAUGUGCUUCUCUAGGAAGACAUGUACAUGUCCCACAGGUGAAGAAAUCUGUUGUGGGGAAUGAUUCCAGAUCACAGUGGUGAUACUUCUUUACUUGGGAGCACAGUAAAAUCCUGUUCCAGAGGGUGAUGAAUUUGCUUUGGUCACUCUUGAGAGCCAGCAGACAGCUCCCUUCCCCUCCUGUGUUGGGCGAGAUGUGCUCAUAGAGUCCAGCUCAGGGUGACUGCACAGUGUUUGGAAAAAGAGGGACAGAGGCUCUGAUGUAGCUCUACUGAAGUUCUUUCCACUGGCUUCACAUUAGAGCAGACAGUUUGUCCAACUCAUGAUAAAUCAGCCCUUGGUUCCACCUCCCCCAGAACCUGACUGGGGUUUUACUGGGAGCAUGAGGUCAUUUCUGCCUUCUUUCUGUUCCUCUAACCAUUGCUUUAAGGAAGAAAGAAGCAUCCUUAGGCUAAAUUGCAUAACCUUGUUCAAUAUAGCUAUCCGAUGAGGAAGAUGCUGCUGCUUCCUCUGAAACGAUGAAGCACAACUCAUACCUCGCGCUUCCCCAUCACUCUCCGUAGACACUUGGAAAAACAGCAUGUGUGUGAUGGGGCAGAGUGGGACUGGGGAGCUGGGUGGAUGGGUCGUAGUUCUGAACAGACACGGUCCCUCAGAGGAUAAAGCUGGGACCAACUGGGCGUCAAAAUUGACUGGUUUUUGCAAUGUAUAGGUCUGAGGAUCUCGGACUGAGUCCUAGUUUUCCGAGAAAUCUUUCAUAUUGAUGCUGUUCCAAAGUUUAAUUUUUAUGUAAUUGAAGUUUAGUACUAUUAUAUUGCAUACUGUUAACUAUUCAACUAUUUAUUUGGUUUCCUUAUGCUGUUCCUUUAUAAUAAACCCUGACAAAAGUUUUCUUGCUAUAAAACAAUGAAUAGAAACUCUUAAGCUACUUUUUCCUUUUUAUCCAUGUUGCUACAGACUUUCCUAGUUUCAAAUGUUGUGAGAAUGUUCUUAACUUUUUAGUGAGCAGGAGUUCAGUGUUCUGUGCUAAUAUUACAGUUCCUCCUUCACACAAAAGGUAAAUGGCUUAUUAAUGACACAAGCAGUAUUGGGGUGAUCUGAUUUGGUGUUGCUGAAAGGGUGGGAGAAAAAGCACUAGGAAAGAAGAAAACUGAACCAAAAGCAGCAUGACACUGAUCGGGGCAGAAUUUUUCCAAAAGGCUUCAUUGCCAGUGGUCUGGUUGCCUUCACUCAAAGCCGCAUCAGAAAAAGUGCACCUAAAUCAUUUUCUUUGGCUUCUUCCCCUAUGGAAUUACCUAUUGAAUAUUCAUGUAGGUGGGACAACUCCUCAUUCCUUGGAGACCUUCAUACAAGAAAACAUCCACUAGUACUCAUAACUGAGUGUGGAUAUGGUUUAUACUGUAAUGUGGAGAUGCCUUUCAGGCUCUGGAGAAAGGAGUCUGCUGGUUUUUCCCCUCCUGUGGACAGUAACCUCCAGACUCCUCCUGAGAGGCCACCACACAAGGUUGUCUGGGGUAGCUGUGCCUGGCCAUGAGUUUAACAAGAACCCUUGGGCCAGCAGAGUAGUGGUGUUACCGGGGGGCUUCUGGGGGUGGAUGGGGGCUGUGUUACUGCCUGUCUGCUGACCCUGCCUACACUGCUCACCUGUUUUGGGUUUUUUCACAGCCAUCCUGCUUUCACUGCUUAGCCAUGUGCCUGAGACACUGCUUGGGUGAGAGCACAUUAACUUACAAAAUUCUUUUGUGCAAGAUUACAAUUUCUCCCAAUGUUUGUUGCUGCCAUUUUGACUUCUUUUUUUCAUGUCUUUACUCCCUUGCUUUUACAAAGCUGAGCAAAGUGCUGAGGGGGAAGCGUGCCUGCAUCCCACCCUUACAAACCAACGCAUCUCCAUACCUGAAUGUGUCAUAGCUCGUGGCUGCUCACAGCAAAUCACUUGAGGGACGUUUACCUGUUUCAAUUCCUAUUCGUAACCACAGGUCAUGUCUUAGGUGGGGACUGGUAAUGAAAAGAGUAGAUGCUGAGCAGCAUACAUUUUCUCCUAUAUUUACUGUUUUUAAUGUAUGACAAUGAAGCUUAACGUAUAUAAAUGAACGAUGUACUUAUUACAAGGCCAGCUUUUCUUCAAUUGGCUGCUUUGAGAUUCCCAGUGGGCUGCAUUUCUGUUUAACUUUUUGUGCCUUAAGGUGGUUUUGUACAGUGAUUUUCUAACAUUAAGAAUUUGUAUAAAGUUGUGACAGUUUAAUAGUGUAAGUUAUAAACAAGACAUCUUAGAAUGGCCCUAUAGUAGGAAAAAUUUUCUGUAAGGUUUAACUGUGGGACUAUCAGCCGGUCCCACACACUUGACGCGAUUUCUGUUUGGCUGUAAGUGUGGGUGAAACUGUUAAUGAGCUGUUCUUACCCUGCACUGCAGUAAGGGGCUGUUGAGGUUGAUGUUUCUGAGAGGCUUAGCUACUGGUGGAGUAACACAUUCAGGCUGGGAAGGCAUCACUAGCUUGUGAAGAAGAGCUGAUUUUCUGCAGCUCUCUGAAUGCAGAGGUCUGCGUGUACAUACACAGUUCAUCUGGAAAAAGGGCUGCUUAUGCCUGAAAGCGUCUGUGGGGAAGGGGAGGGAGUUGUAGAGGAGGAAUCUGCUCCCGGGCCGCAGUAGGCAGUGAACGCUAUGUCCCUGCUCUCUGGCUGGGCACCUGCUGCCUAACGCUGGGAAGCUGAGAGGAAUGGAAAUGUGGGUGUUGUCAGAAACCGCUGGAGAACUGUUAUCUCCAUGGCUCUGAAGGAGAGGUGUGACCUAGAGCUAUAGGUGGGGGGCGUCCAGGCCUAUGUGUCUGUUGCAGCUGUUGGAAUAAACAGCAAACACCUCGUUGCAAGCAAAGCCUUGUCUCCUCUCGUUGCUAUAUUCACCUCUUUAAGAAAGGGGCUGUAGAUUUUGUAAUCAUUAAACUAAAAUUUCAAAAAAAUUCUCCUUUUGCUAUCCAAAGCCGAAUUUGCAUGGUGAUUUGUCUCAUUUCUUACACUUUUCAAGUGAGGAUCCGUAAAUACAAAAGGGUGAAUUUCAGCUUGCAAUCUGCCAGGUGAAGCUUGAGGGCUGUUAGGAAAUGCAAAUAAAAAUUAACUGCCUGUUCUCCACUGGUGGUGCUGGCGGGGAACAGGGAGGAAGGUGGGCCUUGCACCAAGUUAUUCCAUGGCUUAAGAGCGCUCUUGAAUAUUCCAGGGACUGUUCCUGGAAGGCAGUUUGACAUUUUAAAGAAAUAGUGCCAGUUCAUUGUACUUCUGAUAAGGUGUUUACUGUUUCAGGAACUUCACAAUAAAUGAAAUUUUGUUUUCUGAA